AAAACGCGGAGAGAGUUGUUCCCGAGAUUGAUGGGCUGACCACGGAGUUUGACGGCGAGGUGACCCACUCCUGUGAGUAUAAAUCCGGCGAGAAAUAUAGAGGAAAGAGUGUUCUUGUCGUCGGAUGUGGAAACUCCGGCAUGGAAGUUUCUCUUGUUCUCGCAAAUCACAAUGCUAAUCCCUCCAUGGUUGUUCGUAGCUCGGUACAUGUGUUACCGAGGGAGAUUCUAGGCAAAUCUACUUUCGAAAUCUCAAUGGUACAAAUCUCUUGUUGGAAACAGUUUUUGACACAGUGAUCUUUUCGACUUUUCUGGUGGCUUUUCCGGCCAAACCAGUGGUUGUCUUGAUCAGUUUGUUAUAUCAUUGGAAAGCUUGUAACAAGUACUACAAUUUGAUAUAUUGAAACGUCAAAAACAGAUUUAAAUUGAAUGAGAAAUGAGGCUAGAAAGUGGGCAUCUUAGUGCAAAUAAAAGACUGCAAUUUUG